AUGGUUCUUGGGGAUUUUAAUGCCCCGUUUUCAGGUGAUGAUAGGUCUGGUGGUUGCUCUAUAGCUAGUGUUGAAUUGGUUGAUCCUAUUGGGUGGAAAACUAAUGCUAAAAUGGAAGCUAUUGAGAGCAUGGGUUCUUAUUUCACUUGGACAAACAACCAAGAAGGAUUAGCAAGGAUCUAUUCCAAAAUUGACCAUGCUCUCAUUAAUGAAGAGUGGCUGGACAUAUUCCCACAUUGUUUGGCUGUGUUUAAAUGGGAGGUGGUGUCGGAUCAUUGCUCCUGUGUUGUCUCUAAUAUCCCUUUGGAGGCGAUGAGAACUAAACUAUUCAGAUUUGAUAACUUUUGGUCCAGCCACCCAGACUUUAAUCAAUUGGUGUUGAAUAGCUGGAGAGCCCCUGUCCAUGCUACUGGUUUGAGGGUGAUUUUUACCAGGGUAGUUCGUUUGAAGCAUCAUCUUAAGAAGCUUAAUAGGGACAGGUUUGGAGAUGUUGGAUCUGGCUACCAGUCGGCUAUGGAAGCUCUUCAAACUGCCCAACUUCAAGCUCAAGAGAAGCCUCAAGACUUUCAGUUGCAGGAGGUAGUCAAAGAGAGGGCAUCCGAGUUUCACUAUCAAGAACAAAUAUAUCAUAGUUUCAUUGUCCAGCGAAGCAAGAUCAACUGGAUUAGGAAGGGUGAUGUGAACUCCUCUUUCUUUCAUGCCUUCCUGAAGAAGAGGAAAGCUGAGAAUUCCAUUGUCUCUUAUAUUAAUGAUCAAGGGUUAUUGAUAGAUGAUUUCAAGGAGGUGGUAGGCCAUUUUGUUGAGCAUUUUAAGAAUCAUUUGGGCAGUUCUAGUUUGGCUACAGGAAUAGUAGAUCAGAGUUGUUUAGUUUUAGGCUCUAAGCUUUCAGUGGAGCAGCAACUCUAUCUUUUAAAACCUUUCUCUGCUAAGGAAAUAAGAGCUGCUUUGUUUAGUAUUCCUAGUACUAAAUUGCCUGGCCCCGACGGUUAUGGUUCUGGUUUUUUCAAGUCUAUGUGGAAGGGAUAUUGGUCAGGAUAUUUGCUCAGCAAUCGCUCAUGGUUUCUCUACAGGCCAAUUCCCUAA